AGAUUGACUGGUAUAUGUCGCGCGAUGAGAACCGCAUCUGCGUGCGGUCCGGCAUCGACGACCAAAUUGACAAACAUCGCGAAGACUACGCUGGCCUUGAACCUCUCCUUGUCUGGGCUGCACCAGAUGGAGCUGAUAGCAGAACCAGAUGUCCGUGAUUAUGGGUCGACACACCCCGCCGGGCAUGUGUGAGGACGUCAAGGUCAUCUACCUUCCUCAGAUGGGCUGUCUACUGGCAGCCAGCAACAUUCACCGCCGCGAACUAAUCCCUCCUGACUGGGAACAGCAAUUUGAGGCCAAGGGGCUCACCUACUUCAAGACGCCGCAGAUGACCAAUCUGGAUGAGCACUACGGCGACCUGCAGAAUAUCAUCAUCGACUUGGAGAUCGAAUGGGUGCAGCGCCUUAUCGAGCGGCUUGAGCCUCUCGAAUGGCAGCUCAUGAAUCUUGGAGAUGCAAUCGCCGAGGUGGACUGUUUGCUGGCAUUUGCCCUGGCUGUCGAGCGUUUCGGUCUCGUGCGCCCGACGAUGACAGAACAGCCAACACUGAAAAUCAAGAACGGGUGGCAUCCACUCUAUGCAAUGUCUCUAGGCCCAGGCCAAUAUAUCGGGAACGACACGAUGCUGGACGCCGGCCCUGACCCGGACAUGGCCGCGAUGACCGUCAUCACGGGUGCGAACGGCUCCGGCAAGUCUGCAUAUGGGAAGCAGGUCGCACUGAUCACCUACAUGGCUCAUAUCGGCAGCUUCGUCCCCGCCGAUAAGGCCACGAUCGGCAUCUGUGACAAAAUCUUCACCCGCGUCCAGACACGUGAAUCUGCGUCCAAGAUCGCCUCGGCCUUCAUGAUCGACUUGGGUCAGGUUUCACAGGCUCUCCGUGGCGCAACUUCGCGCUCGCUCAUCAUUCUCGAUGAGUUUGGCAAAGGAACAUCGCCCAGCGAUGGCGCAGGCCUUCUUGCUGGUGUCUUGACUCACCUCCUCAACGGCGCCAACCCCCGCACAGUCGUCCUCACUCACUUCCACUCCUAGCGCAGGAAUUCCUCGACCCGAGCCUGAAGAUUCUCAACUGCCACAUGAAGAGCAUUAUUGUUGAGACCUCUAAGCAGCCGACGUUUCUGUACAAAGUGACGCCAGGGCCUGCCGACUCGUCAAACGCGGCGGAAUGUGCUCUGCUCC